AUGGCCGGUUCAUAUACAAUUGGUGUAAAUGGGUCCCUAAUAAAUGUAACAAUUUUUAUGUGGCGCGCAGAAUUAGAUAGAUUACCAACUAAACUUGCUUUACGGCGGAGGAGCAUUAAUGUGGAAGAUAUGGGCUGUUCUUUAUGCGGAGAAGGGGUCGAAACGGUGGAUCAUUUGUUCACAGCGUGUAGUGUUUCAUGUGGCGUUUGGAGUGUUGUUUCUAACUGGUGUAAAGUUCCUCAAAUAUUUGCAUUUACUUUCAACGAUCUACUUGAACUGAGGAGUAAUAUAAGUGGGACGAUUGCAAAAAAAGAAGGCGUUUUAUGGCGUGGUGAUCAUUGUCUGUUGGAGGAUUUGGAAGGCGCGCAACAAUAA